UUCUGAUUGCUGGAAUUCCAGCAUCUUCAGAGCCGUCAAAAUGCGGGGAUGCAUCGGCAAGAACAUCAUGCAUGAGCACAAGCUUUGUUUCCCCAAUGAUGCUAUUUUGAGAAUGCUAUAUAAGAAAUAACUCUGGCAGUGUAAUUCAUGUACUUUGCUUCCACAGAGUGAUAUCAUGAGGUUGCUAAACAUUUUCACGACUUUGUGUCUCUUACUUUGGAGUGGAGCUGCUACAAAUGAUGGUUUGACCGAUGUUGUAGAAUGGGAUCCAUAUAGUUUGACUAUCAAUGGUGAUAGGGUCUUCAUUUAGUGAGAUUUUCUAAAGUUAUCAUCGAAUUUCUGCUAACUGCUACUUAAGCUCUGCUGAAUUCCAUUACCAGCGUAUGCCUGUUCCGGAACUAUGGCUUGUAUGUUACUUAUCCCUCAAUUCGUGCAGAAAUCUUACGGCGAUUAGGACAUUUUCCAAAAAUUCCGAGCAAAUGGUUUCAAUACAAUUAGGUAGGUUCAACAAUUAAUGCCUGGUUUGGAUUGUCUAACUUAGUGUAGCGUAUAUUUCUUCUGGUCUUAUCAUGAGGCCUCCAAGGGAUCAUUUGACUUCGAAACAUCAGGCAAGAAUGUUCAAAGAGUUCUUGAUUAUGCAAAGGAAGCUGGAAUCUAUGUCAUUGCUCGAGCCGGGUAUGCUUAAAUGGUUUACUAAAAGUUUUUGUCCCUAUACACAGCUCCCAGUUCGGAAGCUCACGCUAGUGCUUUCUUGUAUACAUACUUUGUUACUUGUUACAUCUUGACUCUCAGGCCUCCUUAUCUCCCCAAAAUCAUGCUAGAUGGCAAUCACUGACUCAUCCGAUUGUAUAGACCAUACUGCAAUGCUGAGACCUCUGGUGGAGGUCUUGCAUUGUGGGGUUCUGAUGGAAGUAUGGGGACGUUAAGAACAAACAAUGCCGCAUACUAUCAAUCUUGGCAACCAUGGAUCAAGGAGAUUGGAGCGAUUCUGGCGAAAAACCAAAUUACCAAUGGAGGAGUAAGAGUCAUGACGGACAAGUUCCCAACGCAUACUAACUUUUCCUAUAGCCCGUCAUCCUCAAUCAAGUUGAGAACGAACUUCAAGAAACAGUUCACUCGGCGACUAAUACUUUAGUUCUUUACAUGGAGCAACUUGAAACUGCUUUUCGGGCUGCUGGCAUUACUGUCCCUUUUAGCCAUAAUGAAAAGGGCCAGCGAAGUGAGUCAUGGAGUACUGACUAUGAAAACGUCGGUGGUGCUGUGAAUGUUUACGGCCUAGAUUCCUGUAAGUACAUCAGAAUGCUACGUUUUCAUUUAAUUGUCAAUCUUAAAUUUUCUCUCCUUGUACUGAAGCUAAUAUCUCUAGACCCCGGUGGUUUGUCAUGUACUAACCCUAACUCUGGUUUCUCUGUUGUUCGCAAUUAUUACCAGUGGUUUUCAAAUUAUUCUUACACGCAGCCAUCAUACUUCCCGGAAUUUGAAGGUGGUUACUUUACCCCAUGGGGCGGUAGCUUUUAUGAUGAAUGCCAAUCGGAGCUUGAUCCUUCGUUUCCAGAUGUUUACUAUAAGAACAACAUUGGGCAAAGAACAACUCUCAUGAGCUUAUAUAUGGCUUGGGGUGGUACGAAUUGGGGUCACUGUAAGUAUUCACCGGUUUCAUCAAUGAAGUGAGAACUAAUUCUUUGUGUAGCUGCAGCUCCAGUGGUCUAUAGUUCUUACGAUUACGCAGCUCCCUUGAGGGAAACUCGUCAGAUUCGAGACAAACUAUCACAGACCAAGCUUAUUGGUCUUUUCACGAGAGUUUCUACCGAUCUACUCAAGACAGAUAUGAUUGGCAACGGCACUGGCCAUAGCGUAAGUGCCCUUACAGGGGUGGAGAAACAUAUUCAGACACAAAGCUGACGCGUAGUAGGUAUCUUCAACUGGUAUUUGGUCAUGGGUUUUACGAAAUCCCGAUACUCAAGCCGGAUUUACUGUUGUCCAACAAGCGAGUUCUGGCUCAAGAGCGUCAGUGACCUUUGACGUAUACCUGAAUACCUCUCUUGGUGCUGUGACUGCUUCUAAUGUCAACCUAAAUGGUCGCCAAAGCAAGAUUCUCGUCACAGACUAUAAUUUUGGAAAUCAUACUCUCCUUUAUGCAUCAUCUGACAUCCUCACAUAUGGUACAUUCGAUGUUGAUGUUCUAGUUUUCUAUCUCGAACAGGGACAAAUUGGUCAAUUCGCUUUGAAGACAGCCUCAAAAUUGACCUAUCAAGUUUAUGGAAAUUCAGUCUUCGCUGCAAAUUCAAAUUCAAGUUCUUCUUCGACCUCACAAACGUUCACAUACACCCAAGGAGCUGGGCAAACAGUAGUCCAAUUCUCUGAUGGAACUUUGGUAUAUUUACUUGACCAGCCAUCUGCAUGGAAGUUCUGGGCGCCACCAACUACAUUAAAUCCUCAGGUCAAGCCCGAUGAACAAAUAUUUGUAUUAGGGCCAUACCUCGUACGAAAUGCAUCUAUGUCUUCUGGGGUCGUCCAGAUCUUUGGUGACAACGACAACGCCACAACUAUUGAAGUUUACGCCGGAAGCUCAUUAACUAAUAUCGUAUGGAAUGGAGUUUCACUUUCAGCAACGAAGACCAAAUAUGGUUCAUAUUCGGCAUCGCUUCCAGGUACUGAAAGCAGAGUCAUCUCAUUACCAUCAUUAACCAAAUGGGAGUCUGCAAAUUCUCUUCCGGAGAAGGAAACAUCCUAUGACGACUCAAAAUGGACUGUCUGCAACAAGACAACUACACAAAGCCCGGUAGCGCCUUUAACUCUUCCCGUACUAUUUUCAAGCGACUAUGGCUUUUACACAGGACAAAAAAUCUAUCGUGGGUAUUUCGACGGUCUCAAUUACACAUCAAUCAACAUUACCUGCUCUGGAGGUUUAGCUUUUGGUUGGAGCGCUUGGCUAAAUGGUGUACUCAUCGGCGGAAAUACCGGCGUCGCCACUGCCACCACUACCAACGCCAUUCUUGGUCUCACAAAUCUUACCUCAGUCGUCAAGUCCAAAAACAAUCUCGUCACAGUCGUAGUAGACUACCACGGCCACGAUGAAACCUCCACAGCAAAAGGCGUCGAAAAUCCCCGUGGUAUUCUCGGCGCAUUUCUCGUCCCUAAACCUUCCACAUCUACUGGAUUCAAGCUCUGGAAAAUCCAAGGAAAUGCAGGAGGUUCUGCAAAUAUUGAUCCAGUACGAGGACCUAUGAAUGAGGGUGGAUUUUACGGUGAACGUGUCGGCUGGCAUCUUCCCUCUUCCCCACCCCUUCCUUCUUACUCUACUCCCCUCAUCGGUCUCAACACCUCAGGAAUAUCCUUCUACACUACAAACUUCGCUCUUGCUCUCGAUUCCGACCUCGACGUUCCUCUCGGAAUUAAGCUUUCAGCUCCAGCUGGGACUGUCGCACGCGUUAUGAUCUGGAUCAACGGUUAUCAAUAUGGUAAAUAUGUUCCGCACAUCGGCCCUCAAACUGUCUUUCCUAUACCACCUGGUAUUAUUAAUAAUCAGGGAAACAAUAAAUUGGCGUUGAGUUUGUGGGCGAUGACGGAUGCAGGAGCCAGGUUGACGGAUGUGGAGUUGGUUAGUUAUGGGGUUUAUGAGAGUGGGUUUGGGUUUGAUAGGGAUUGGAGUUAUUUGCAGCCUGGUUGGGAUGAGGGGAGGUUGGCUUAUGCUUAGAUAUGAGAUUGAUGAGGUGGGAUGGUAAUUGGAAUGGUGAGGUGACCGGCGAUAUGGAUCGUUGUUAACAUAGAUGCCACUCUUGUGGAAAAUAUCCUGUAUGCUAAAAUUAAAAAAUUGUUAUCUUAAUCUCCUCACUGUUCCAUUGCUCUUGAUCAUUCUUCA